AUGGAACCUGCCAUCUCAACCCUUGUCGAGCAGUUCAAGAUGUACGCUGGGAGAGAUGGAUCCUCCAGCACCCUGAGCAAAGACGAAUUCCACAAACUGGUGGAGUGUGAGCUGCCCAACCACGUCAAGAAUGCCAGCGACUCCAUGGCCAUCGACCAGCUCAUGGGCUCGCUGGACGAAAACAACGACGGGGAGCUGACUUUCUCCGAGUUCUGGCAACUGAUUGGAAAACUGGCAAGCAAACAGGGAGGCUUCAGUCAGUAGAGCUCGCUGUCGUCUGUCAAUUUCAGGCUUCGAGCAGAUUGUGCAGUCAACUCAGAUGAAGCAGCCCAACUGUAAAGGCAUUCAAAUUCUUUUAUCACUCCA